AGGUCUGUACUAACAAAAUCAGAAACAAAAGGCCUGGAUGGACCAUUACAGAACGUACCUGGUCUGUCUAUUGCAGUAGGAGAAACAGCGGUUAGUGCAUCUAAUAAAGUGACCUCACUUAGACAGGAUUACCAAGGUAUCUGUACCUACAUUAAGUAUCUACAGUUUUUCAAAACUUUACAGACGGCAACAGAUAAUGACAAAUUCACUAAAAGAAUUGAUAAUGUUAAAAAUCAGUUUUACUCCUGGUUGUGCAGAAUAGAUACCACCCUGAGAGCUCAAAACAAGCCCAUGACCCAGUUCGUGGAUAAUCCGGCUGUUAAUGCCGAUGUAAAAACGUAUGCCACAAAUGGAGACAAGAAAAGUCGGUAUAGGAUAUAUUAUGUCGCCAUGAAGAACGCCCACGAUUAUAUUCAGAAUAAAAACCUGAAAUGGGCUACAUUUUUGCAGACAUUAAAUUAA